AUGAAGCAGGCAGCUAUGCACGCCAAGGCCGAACAUUUCAACUCCAAGGGAUCGGCUUCGGCUCCCCCAAGCCAAACAACAACGGCCGAUCGGCCUUCAACACAGAGCCAUGACCGAUUUCCGGCAAAUCAAACUGCCAGUCCGGCCCCCUACCGAACGGCCCCCCCAGCCUCUUCUCCUUACGAGGCUCGACACAAACGAAAAGACAACUUCCGGGAUCGGCAGGACGGCGGCAAACGAGGCAAGGACUCCAGCAGGCGAAGUGACUUCGGAAAUUCGACGAAGAAUCGGUCAGAGGAAAUUUUCACUUUCCUCAACACCACUUACGAGCAUGUCCUCCUGACAGAGGGGGAGUUGAUCCCGAAGCCGAACAACCGAAAGCUCCCUCGGCAGAACGGGAAAGACACCGGUGUAUUCUGCCGAUACCACCAGUACAAUGGCCACGAUACAAAAUCGUGCAUCGCCCUUCGAAAGAUAGUCGAACGCCUCAUCAACGACGGCAAGCUGGAUCAGUACCUAAACACCAACACGGCCUCGGAUCAACCCUCGAAUCGACAGAUUAAUAUGAUCAGUGGAGGGGCACCCAUCCCCGAAACCAGCAACCGAUCCGUCAAAAACUACAUUUGUGCCGUCCAGCAUCCCCAGAUCCUCAGCGUAGCGGGAGGACGCCACGACAAGACCCAACGAAUCGGUUGGGAACCUAUUACCUUCUCUGAAGAGGAAGAACGAGACAUCAUCUUCCCCCACUCCGAUCCCAUGAUCAUACGAGCCGAUAUUUCGGAUUUCGAUGUGGGCCGAAUCCUCAUAGACACCGGCAGUUCUGUCAAUGUACUAUUCGCCGACGCUUUUAAUGCCCUCGGCAUAGAUCCUCAACAUCUGAACAAAGAUAUCACCCCCCUCCUAAGCUUCUCGGGUGAUGUGAUCAAACCGAUCGGCAGUGUCCUGCUUCCGUUCGCAGUCGGCACCAUUCCCAGACGAACGGUCAUCUAUACCCACUUUCUGGUGGUCGAUUGCCCAACAGCAUAUAACGCCAUCAUCGGCAGGACGGCGCUCACCAAGAUGAAAGCCAUGCUGUCACCACACAUGCUCCUCCUCAAGUUCCCCACCCACGUUGGCGUAGGCCAAGUGCGAGGGGAUCAGUUGAGUGCACGGACAUGUUACGUUUCGACAACGAAGGAAUAG